AUGAUGUCCGGCAAUUACACAUCCAUUGACAAUCAAAACGUCUCCGGAUCUGUUCCGGCCGUCGGCGAUCCGCCUUCCCACGUUGCCGUAAAAUUUACCGAUUCCAGUCUGCAGACGUUUCCGCCUGCUGGAGCUAAGGGGAAGAUAUCUGGUGCCUCGGGUCCUCCUCGUGACGCUGAUGAUACAUUUAGCAAACCUAUGUCUGGUUCGGAUGAGCCCCAGCAGAAUGGUUGGUUCCGAUCCUUCACUAUUGCUGCAUACAGGCCCUACUUUGAUGUUGACACGUCUGAUGUUCUAGAAAGGAUCAGAGAUUCACUCUUUCCUUUCAGAGGAAGCUUCUCCGAAAAGACUGCAGACAACCCAGAUCUGUACGGGCCUUUCUGGAUAUGCACUACCUUGAUUUUUGUGGCAGCUUCUAUUGGUACAUUUGUCACCUACAUAGCACACAAGCUGCAAAAGAAGGAAUGGGACUAUGACAUCAAUCUCGUGACAUGGUCUGCUGGUUUGUUCUAUGGCUAUGUCACAUUAGUGCCUCUUGCCUUGUAUAUUGUCCUCAAAUACUUCUCUGCCCCAUCUGGCCUUGUCCAGUUGCUUUGUCUGUAUGGCUACUCGUUGUUUAUCUUCAUACCUGCUCUGUGUUUAUCGGUUAUUUCUCAGGAGAUCUUCAGAUGGGUCAUUGCCGGGGUGGCUGGUUUCAUGUCCGCCUCGUUUGUGGCCCUAAACCUCAGAAACCACAUUAAAUCUGCCGGUGAGAGUUGGUUCCUGAUUGUGGCCGCUAUCUUCCUGUUGCAGCUUGCACUUGCUCUGGCCCUUAAAUUCUAUUUGUUCACAGUCACCGUGUAA